CCUUUGAACCAUUGCCUUCACAGGUACGUGCCAUUCUUAUUGGAACAAAUAUUCUUUUUUAUUGCUCCGCAUCCUCUGCAUCUCAUUUCGUUGCCACUUAUCACCCUUGGUUGCAAUUGGUCGAGUCCACCUAUCGGAUUUCUUCACUUGUCGUUUUUCUCAUUCCACUCCUUCCUUGUACAGCCCUUGUUUGGUAUAAAUCUCAUAUCUAAUCAACGUUGCCUCGACUCUCCAUUUCACCAUUGGUAUCCAGUCCGCGUCAUGGGGUGUCUUUCCUUUUGGCGCUUCCUGACGGCGAAAAAAAAAAGCGAUACGACCCAGCUUUACGAAAACCGCGAAAUCAACGCCAAGCUCUUGGUGAACCACACAACAAAUUCCGCGUCGACAUGCAAGGAAGCUUUUAUUGUACGAUUCGAUACGCCUAUACUCAUUGCAGUGGCCUUGAGGCUGCCCAUGCUCUGGUCAUGAAGAAUCUCGUAAAACGCAUCAUGGAUUCAACGACAGUCAUUCUAUACUUCGAUGGCGCUCAAUGCGAGGGAAAGCUUGCAACCCAUGAAAAGCGCCAGAAUGCUCGAAAAACGGCCAUCAACGCCGCCGACGAUCAUGUCACGACUUUCAUGGAUCGUGUAUCCGAAGGCGCACAUAUCAGGAAGCGCCAUUUUACCAAUGUUGAUAAGCAACUCACAAACGCCUUUCGCUGGGAUGUGGAAGCUCGGAACGGACUUGUCCGCUUUCUCGAGAACCACGGAUGGAGGGUCGUGCA